CAGACUUCUGCUGCUGGAUGCCUAUAAUUAUUAUCAGCAUUUUGUCUCUGACAGGAAAUUUUUAUGAUCCGCACAAAAUUGCCUUCGUGUGGAUCGCAGUGUUUGUUCUUCCGUUAAACUCUUCCCUUAAUCCAAUCCUGUAUACAUUUUCUACCGAGAGAACGAAACGAAGUUUAUCCAGAAAGAGGAAAAAUAUCACUGGUAUGGUUAUGAAGACCUUGAAUAGUCGCGCUGGAGAUCAAUCUACUAUGGACUACUUGAGAACGUAUGCUGAAAACACUUUGGUCUCCACUGCCGAUUCCAGUCCCCAGCCGGUUAUAAGAAUUGUGGAAAAACGGAAACAAAAAAGUAAACAAGUGAACACUAAAUUAAAACUGAUCGAAGUAGUGGAUAUCUUUAAAGAAGACACUGCAGGGAAGCGUUCAACUGGUUACGUCACCGCUUGGUGCGAGGAAGAAGGAGUACUUGGCAUGGUAUUACUGAAGUACUUCGGAAAGGAAAUGAAGGAAGACUGGACUCGAGAGAUCGAUAUAGUACAAGACCUUUCUAGUAACGAAGAUCCGCAUGACAAUCUUCUUCGUUAUCGCUGGCACUCUAAAGGCAAGUGGCCAUCUUUAUUAAAAAAAGAUACAUCCCUCAUUUCAUAG